CCUCUUUCUCCCUGACGCUGCCACUCUUUGGAGGAUGAGGACAAGGAAGCCUCCCUGCCCAGUAGAGAAAGUGUGGGUAGACAAGCACAAGUACGAUGAAGCAGAGAGACUGCACUAUGAAAGAGAAGCCAUGUUAGCUGCUGCAGCUCCAGAGGAGUUCCAGGAGGUAGAGGCUGUCAAUGGAGUCUGCAAUGAGGACUCUGUUGAUGGUGAAUUCAAAGGAGACCUGAAGAAAACCAGGAAUGGGAAGAAACAAAGGAAAAGGAAGCGUUCUCCCAAGCCCAAGAAUGCAGUCUCCAAGUUAGACUCUGUUCUGGCUGGCUUGUUAGCUGACCAUGUGUGGUUUGAGAAACCUUUCUAUGAUCGUGCUGAGAGCAUGUACAGGGGGAAACUAGCAGAUGGGCAGAGCCAAGAAGCACCUGAGACUGAACUAACUGCUCAGCAGUCCCCUGGCCUAGCUGUUCCUAAGCCAAGGAUGCUUUCAGUGGCCCUGUCCUGCUCCCAUGGAAGCCUUUCUGCAUGUCACCACGUUAUACAGGGAGUCUGGAUCAACAAGUUUGACUUUGAUAAGGCUGAGAAGGUGUUCCUUGAGAAAUCUCAGUUCUUUGUGCCUCCGAAUGUCCUAACCAUCCCACCUGUGUGGUCAAAUGAUGGCAGCGUUGGGAUGAGAACACCGGAUGAGGGCUAUGGUACAGCCCUGCCUACUCCUGCUACCCCAGGCUUGGCUCCAGACAUCGCUGCUGAUACCAGUUUGUCUGACUCUGAGCACCAGACAGUGAAUGGGAAGCCCCAGCUUUCAAGCCUGCGGGCUCUCAUGUCAGAGGUGUGGUUGGAGAAACCUCUGUAUGAUGAUGCUGAGAAGAGCUUCUAUGAGAACAUGUUUGAUGGGCACCCAUCGGGCAGAGGCCGACAACAGCAACGCGGGUGCCCCGCAGUGUCAAAUAACCACCACGAGGACAAGAAGAACCACAAUGGAAAGCAAACAGACAUCAACAGACACAUGGAGACUGCCACCACCACUCUCCUUCCCAGUGAUGCUGAGCAACCUCCUCCUACCACCUUCUUCCUGCAUGAGGACAGUGAGACUGUGUGGCUCAAUAAGCCAACAUAUGACCGUGCUGAGGCACGCUUCUAUGCAGCAGAGGCUCUGCGAAUGUCAAGAACAGGAGAAACUCCACUGGGAAUGCAGGAAUCAACAGUGGUAGAGCCCUCCCAAGCAGCUGCUUGUGAUUCAAGCCUACCUGCUCCAGAAACAAACAAAAUGGCAGUGGACUACUUUCUGCAUGAGAAGAUCUGGUUUGACAAGUACAAAUAUGAUGAUGCUGAGAGAAGAUACUAUGAGCAGAUGAAUGGGCCACUUGGCAGCUCCUCGCACCAGCAGGAGAACGGAGCCAGCACGAUCCUCCGCGACAUUGCCAGAGCCAGGGAGAAUAUCCAGAAAUCACUGGCCGGACAGAAGACAGUGCCUCGGAGCAAAGAAGCUCCUUCUGCCCGUCACAAGAGGCAGUCGCGCCACUCAGCUGUUUCAAGCACAUCCUCUUCUGGACCUUCUGGUGACCAAAAUGAUCUCCUCUCCAGAAUUUCUCACCUGGAGGCAGAAAACCAAAACCUACGUAGUGUUGUUUCAGACCUUCAGAUGGCCAUCUUCAAACUGGAAAGCCGCCUGAAUGCUCUGGAGAAGUCCUCUACCUCCCACCAGCCCUCACCAGUUCCUCCAACCCAGAAAGUGGAGCCAUUCAGUGUUCCCUCCAAGAAGGUGGAGCUCCCUUCUGCUUCACCAGCAAAGAAACCAGAGCCAGCUGCUGCAGAGGAAGAUGAUGAUAACGACAUCGACCUCUUUGGGAGUGAUGAUGAGGAGGAAGACCAAGAGGCUGCUAAAGUCCGGGAGGAGAGACUGCGGCAGUACGCAGAGAAGAAGGCCAAGAAACCAGGUCUUAUUGCCAAGUCCUCAAUCCUUCUGGAUGUGAAACCAUGGGAUGAUGAGACUGACAUGGCAAAGAUGGAGGAGUGUGUCCGGUCCAUCCACAUGGACGGCUUGGUGUGGGGAGCCUCCAAACUGGUCCCAGUAGGUUAUGGCAUUAAGAAGCUCCAAAUCCAGUGUGUGGUGGAAGAUGAGAAAGUUGGAACAGACAUCCUGGAGGAGGAGAUCACCAAGUUUGAAGACUAUGUGCAGAGUGUUGACAUUGCUGCUUUCAACAAGAUCUAGAAGAAAAACCGUAUCUACCCCCUCUGAAACUGUAACUAAUAAAGAUGGAGAUUGGGAGUGCA